GGCGCUCACCGGCUCGGCCCCGCCGGGAACCGCGGGCUCCGGCGUCUGCUCUCCCCGCUGCCGCCUGGGCCGGGGCCCCGAAGCAAGCUGGCUGGCGGGCCGGGCUGCGGUGUGCCAAGCUGCACGGAGCCGAGGCUUGCCGCGUUCCGGCUGCUCCGGCUUCCGGGGGUGAAAUAAAAGCGGAUGUGUCCUCACUCCGCGCUUGUCUUCUCAGCCCGGAGGGAGAGGAAGGGGACGGACCUGUUCUGCUGCCGGGUACAGAGAGAAAGUGAUUCCCAGCGAGCCAACUGCUGUUAAAAAACAAAAAAGCAAACAAAAAACCGAUGCACAGACUGGCCUGCCUCUGAGGUCGCGGUGUCACCGUCCAGUUUAAAGCCCACGGAAGAGCGUAAAGGUACUCGGGAAGUUUCUUCUGUUUUUACCCCGUCCGUGGCCGCUCAGGUUGAUGUGCUGUGAAACCGGUUGAACCCAUAUCACAUAAAUGGAAUAUUGUCUUUGAAGAGUGUAUAGUGCAGGAAAGCAAGAACAAUGUAGGCAACACUUUCACCUCAGCGCGAGUGUGUUUCUGUUCUACAACUGUGCUUGUCUGCAGUGUUUUUAAAAAAUAAGUAAGUAAAGCAUUCCCUGUUUUGGAAAAUGUGCUGUGAUUUAAAAAGGAGAUUUUUGCUCCUCUAUGCAACACAAAAGGGGCAGGCAAAAGCCAUAGCUGAGGAAAUAUGUCUGCAAGCAGGUGCCCAUGGACUUGAAGCUGACAUGCACUGUAUAAGUGAGAUGGACAAGUACAACUUGGAAACAGAAAAGGAUCCUGUAGUUAUUGUCAUUUCCACGACUGGUACCGGCGACCCACCAGACACUGCCCGCAAGUUUGUUAAGAAAAUCCGGGAUAAGACCUUGCCACCUGAUCAUUUUGCCCAUCUUCAGUAUGGAUUGUUAGGGCUGGGAGACUCAGAGUACACAUUCUUUUGUAACGGUGGAAAGACAGUAGACCGACUACUUCAAGAACUCGGUGCCCAGCAUUUCUAUGAUACAGGAUUAGCAGAUGAUUGUGUAGGAUUGGAACUAGUGGUUGAUCCUUGGAUUGAUGGUCUUUGGCUUGCCCUCAAGGAAGUAUUUCUGUUGCGGAAAGAAAAAGAAGACAUGAGCAACAAUGUCAGUGCAGACCCACAUGUUGGGCAUGAAAUGAACUUGAGCUCAAAAAUACAGAUUUUGAAUUUAGAAGAUGAAGGAGUGAGGAGUUCUGAUGGUCCAUCGCAUAAACUGAUUGACAUCAAUGUUGUGGCUUCAGCUACAGACACUGAACCUUCUCUUGUUCAUUCAGUCCCUCCCAUCUCUCAGUCUGCUCUUAAUAUUCCUGCCCUGCCACCAGAGUAUAUAGAGGUGCAGUUUCAGGACACCCAUGGGGAGAAUCCUCACCUGUCCUCACUGAUUAAAGAGGGAACAACCUUUGAAGUGCCAGUUACGAAAGCAUCUCAGCUCACUAGAGAAGAUGCAGUAAAAACUGCAUUGCUUUUAGAACUUGAUAUUGCAGAUACAGCCUUCGACUACCAACCUGGAGAUGCCUUCUGUGUAAUAUGUCCCAAUAACGUCAAUGAAGUGGAGGAACUACUUCAUAUCUUGGGACUUUCUGAAAAAGGAGAGAACUUUGUUUGUAUAAAGGUUAAGCAGAACACUAAAAAGAAAGGAGCAACUCGCCCACAACACAUCCCUGAGAGAAGUACUCUGAAGUUCAUUCUAACCUGGUGUCUGGAACUAAGAGCAAUUCCCAAAAAGGCAUUUUUGCGAGCCCUUGUAGAAUGCACCAGUGAUGCAGGAGAAAAACGGAGGCUUCAGGAGCUUUGCAGCAAACAAGGAGCCUCUGAUUACACUCAUUUUAUUAGGGAGUCUAAUGUUUGCUUGCUGGAUUUACUUCAUGCUUUUCCAAGCUGCAAGCCUUCACUUAACCUGUUAAUUGAACAUCUCCCUAAAUUGCAGGCCAGAUCCUACUCAGUUUCAAGUUCAAACUUGUAUCAGCCAGGAAAACUGUGUUUUGUGUUUAAUAUUGUGGAGUUUCCUGCCUGUCCCACAAGACCUGUCUUACGGAAGGGAGUUUGUACAGGCUGGCUUGCUGAGUUAGUUGCACCUCUACUGCACACCAAUAAAGAUACGCUGGAUAUAAAAAGAGAAAGUUCUUCAACUGAAAAGAUAUCUAUUUUUGCUCGCCCAAACAAUACUUUCCACUUACCUUCAGACCCAUCUAUCCCUUUUGUGAUGGUCGGUCCAGGAACAGGAAUUGCACCAUUUAUUGGUUUCCUGCAACAUAGGCAAAAACUGAGAGAAGAACAUACAGAGUGGGAAUUUGGAGAGACAUGGCUCUUCUUUGGUUGUCGGCAUCAGGAUAGAGAUUAUUUAUUCAAAGAUGAGCUCAGAUGUUUUCAUGAAAAUGGGACGUUAACUCAUCUGAAGGUUUGUUUCUCAAGAGACUCUUCAACAACAGAAGUAGCUCAGCCUAAGUAUGUGCAAGAUGUCAUUAGGCUUUAUGCUAAAGAAGUUGCCAGAGUCCUGCUGAAAGAGAGUGGUUACUUCUAUGUAUGUGGAGAUAAGAAGCACAUGGCUGAUGAUGUAAGUGAUGCUGUAUUGGACGUUUUAAGUAUGGAAAUGGAAGUUGACAAAUUGGAAGCAAUGAAAACCAUGGCCAUGCUUCGAGAAGCAAAACGUUAUUUGCAGGAUGUUUGGAGCUAACCAUUUAGCUUUUUCUGUGUUGUUGUAAGACAAAAGAUUUUGCUUUGCUUUCACAUUUAUGCUUUUAACUAGAAUCAUCAAAAGUGCCGUUGUCACGCACAUUAUAACUUUCUCUGCUGAUCUUUCACUUAGGAAUGUGAAGCCUUCUCAAGGAUGACAAACCAGUCUGUCUUUGAAAUGUAUUGUUUUUAGCAACAUUGCAUAAUGGACUGUGUCAAUACCUUGAUUUUCUGACUUUUGAGAUUGCUUUCAUGUAGAAAGUGAGAACUUAACUGUACAAGUAUAAUUGUAUGUUUGUUACAUCACAUAUUUUUUUCCUAUAAUUUAUACAUAAAGGAGUUACAUUUCCCCCUCCCCCCCCCCCCCCCCCCCCCCCCCCCCCCCCCCAAACAUACACACUGUUCGGACAAGAAGGAAUGGCCUCAAGUUGCACUGGGGGUGGUUCAGGUUGGAUAGUAGGAUAAAUUAAUUCUCCAGAAGAGUGGUCAGACACUGGAAUGGACUGCACAGGGAGGUGGUUGAGUCGCCAUCCCUGGAGAUGUUAAAGAAAUGUUUAGAUGUUGUUCUAAAGGACAUGGUUUAGUAGGAAAUACUGGUGGUGAGUGGACAGUUGGACUGGAUGGUCUUGUAGGUCUUUUCCAAGCUUGGUGAUUCUAUGAGUCUGCACAUGUAUGUUUUCUUUUUCCUCGAACAAUAACUGCCAAAUGGAAUAAAGGUCAAGAGUACUGCACAAAAACCUGCUGCAGAAUAUCAACUCUGAAGUAUUUUUUUUUAAAUACCUCCAUUUUUCAUUUUCUCAUUCAGAUAUCUUGAAGUUUUGCUACACUCUGCUAAUCCUUAUUAAAAUUCUGUGCACAAUU